AUGGCUUCAGGCGCGCCUCAGUUUACUGAUAGAAGCGCCAAAGCACUCGGCGACGCGGCGAAUUUGGCAGAACAAUACGCUCACACCCAGAUCCUCCCGAUUCACCUUGCUGUCGCCCUGUUUGACCCUCCAGCAGACGAGUCGAAAGAUCAGCAGACUACCGUCAACGCCUCACAAGUUCACGCGUCGGCUCCUCUCUUCAGACAGGUCGUAGAAAGAGCCCAUGGCGACCCUCAACUACUCGACAGAGCUCUCAAGAAGGCUCUUGUGCGGUUACCUAGUCAAGACCCGCCACCAGAGCAUGUCACCAUGUCCCCAGGGCUCUCCAAAGUCAUCAGGUCGGCGACAGAACUUCAAAAGACGCAGAAAGACAGUUUCGUGGCCAUUGAUCAUUUGAUCACCGCCUUAGCGCAAGACCCCAAGAUCCAGGAAGCCUUGCGCGAGGCAAACAUUCCCAACACAAAACUCAUCGAUUCUGCAAUCCAACAAAUACGAGGCACCAAGCGGGUUGAUUCCAAGAACGCCGACUCGGAAGAGGAAAAUGAAAACCUCAAGAGAUUCACCAUUGACAUGACACAAUUGGCAAGAGAAGGAAAGCUAGAUCCAGUCAUUGGUCGAGAAGAGGAGAUUCGGCGGGUUAUCCGAAUUCUGUCCAGGCGAACCAAGAACAAUCCUGUCCUCAUUGGUGAACCUGGCGUCGGAAAGACGACUGUCAUCGAAGGUCUAGCGCAGCGAAUUAUCAACGCCGACGUUCCUGCCAAUCUGGCCGCUUGCAAACUGCUCUCCCUUGAUGUGGGAUCACUCGUUGCUGGCAGCAAGUACCGGGGCGAGUUCGAAGAGAGAAUGAAGGGGGUCCUCAAAGAGAUUGAGGCUUCGAACGAGAUGAUUGUCCUAUUCGUGGAUGAAAUCCAUCUCCUCAUGGGCGCAGGUGCUAGCGGCGAAGGUGGUAUGGACGCUGCCAAUCUUCUCAAGCCCAUGUUGGCCCGUGGUCAACUUCAUUGUAUCGGCGCUACUACUCUCGCCGAGUAUCGCAAGUACGUCGAGAAAGACGCCGCUUUCGAACGAAGAUUCCAACAGGUGUUGGUGAAGGAGCCCACAGUUGCGGAAACAAUCUCGAUUCUGCGAGGAUUGAAAGAGCGAUACGAAGUUCAUCAUGGUGUCACGAUCCUUGACGGCGCUAUCGUUGCUGCCGCGACGUUGGCUGCCCGUUACAUUACUUCAAGACGACUCCCGGACUCAGCUGUCGAUCUCAUCGAUGAGGCAGCUGCAGACGUGCGUGUCAUCCGAGAAUCCCAGCCGGAAGUUCUGGACAAUCUAGAACGACGACUCCGACAGCUCGAGAUCGAGAUUCAUGCUCUUCAGAAGGAGACGGACCCCACUUCCGUUCAACGAUUGGACGAGGCCAAGCGUGAAGCGGCCAAUGUCAAGGAAGAACUGGAGCCUCUCAAGGAGCAUUACGAACGAGAGAAAGCACGGUCGAGAGAAAUCCAGGACGCGAAAAUCAAACUCGAGCAACUCAAGAACAAACGAGAUGAGGCAGAGCGUUCCAACGAUCUGCAGACCGCUUCUGAUCUGACCUACUACGCAAUUCCCGAUGUAACUCAAAAGAUCAAAACCCUCGAGGCCGCUCGAGCGCAGGCAGACGCAGAACAGCACGCCAGACUCGGCGCCAUGGGCGAAGUGUCACCGACGGAUGCCGUCGGUCCGGAACAGAUCAAUGCCAUUGUCGCCAAACAAACCGGGAUCCCCGUCACCAGACUGCGUGCUUCUGAGAAAGAAAAAAUCCUUCAUAUGGAACAGCAUCUGCAGAAAAUUGUCGUUGGUCAGAAGGAAGCUGUCAGAUCCGUUUCGAACGCCAUUCGACUGCAGCGGUCAGGACUGGGAAAUCCGAACCAGCCACCAAGCUUCCUGUUCUGUGGUCCUUCAGGUACCGGUAAGACCCUUUUGACCAAGGCUCUUGCCGAAUUCUUGUUCGACGAUCCAAAAGCCAUGAUCCGAUUCGACAUGUCAGAAUACCAAGAACGACACUCACUGUCACGAAUGAUUGGUGCGCCUCCGGGUUAUGUUGGACACGAUGCUGGUGGUCAAUUGACCGAAGCCCUCCGACGUCGACCGUUCUCGAUCUUGUUGUUUGACGAAGUUGAGAAGGCCGCCAAAGAAGUUCUCACCGUCCUGCUCCAACUCAUGGAUGAUGGCAGAAUUACAGAUGGUCAAGGUCGUGUUGUCGACGCUAAGAAUUGUAUUGUGGUCAUGACCAGCAAUCUCGGUGCUGAAUAUCUUUCUCGCAACAAUGCUCCCGACGGACGAAUUGAUCCAACCACCCAAGAAUUGGUCAUGAAUGCUCUUCGCAACUACUUCUUGCCCGAAUUCUUGAACAGAAUCAGCUCCAUCGUCAUCUUCAAUCGGUUGACUAGGAGAGAAAUCAGGAAGAUUGUCGAUCUGAGACUGGCUGAGAUCCAGAAACGUCUGGAGUCCAAUGACAAGAAGAUCGUGAUCAAUGCGAGCGAUGAGGUCAAGGACUACCUAGGCGCUGCGGGUUAUUCACCAGCCUAUGGUGCUCGACCAUUGCAGCGAUUGAUCGAGAAAGAAAUCCUCAAUCGUCUUGCGGUCCUGAUCCUCAGAGGGGCCAUCAAAGAUGGUGAGACAGCAAACGUCAUUUUGGAGGAUGGUCGAAUCGUGGUUCUACCUAAUCACACCGACAGUGACAUGGAGGAUGAUGAGGAUAUGAUUGAUGAUGAUGAUGCCAUGUUGGAGAUUGAGGAUGCUCCAAACGGAAGUAUGGAUCUCUAUGAGUAG